CUGUGCUCAACUCAACUCACAAAACCGAACUCAGAUUUUUGAACAAGCCUGUAUCAGUGAUACCAGAUCGCGGAUCCUUUACAAUUAAUCACACUAGUACCCAGUCCAUUCACACAACAUACAAUAGUUCACCAUGUCGGAAGCGUCCUCACCAUACGAUGAAGCAAUCACAGACAACGCCGGCAACACCAUUUAUAAUUCCACCAGUAAUGCAGCCAAAGACGCCGUCGAUACACAGUUACAAGAAUUACUACAAUCACUUCUUGAUUUAAGCAUAAUAGUCUACGAUUUUCAACCCGAUGGAAACAGACUCGUGUGGAACAAGAUAAAUGAUAUUAUAACGCAUUACCAGAAUAUCGAUCGUCUCAAAGACGACAUAUCAGAGUUCAUACCGGAGGAGGUCAUAAAUUAUGUCGAACAAGGACGAAAUCCAGACAUUUUCACACGGGCAUUCAUAGAAAGAGCUGCAGGUGAAAACCAAUAUACCAACGGAAAGAUACAAGCGGUUUCGGAAUUCCGCGAUUUGUUCAAAUCCGAGCUUUCAAAAUCAUUUCCGGACCUGGAGAUCCCUAACUUUCCAUCGCCUGAGUCUUCAUCACUUGGGAACGACAAGUUUGGUAGUUCCGCCAUCGAUAAAAUGAUUGAAUCGUCGAAUAGACUUGCUCCAACAGAUACAGAUUUCGACAUGGAUGUUAGUACGCCGGUCAGCGGAAAAGGCACGAGAAGGUCAAAUGCAAUGAAUGGAAUAGAGAAGGAUCUUGACGAGAGUCAUGACAGUAAUAACAUGGACAGCGAAGAUGUUGAUAUUGUAUGAUAUAGAUAGCUGUCUUAUGGCCAUGAGCAAUAAAAUAAAAUUGUAAAUCUGACAGAGAAAAGAGCUGAGUGAGGUGCUAAGAAUGAUUUUAUAAACAUAAAGGUAUGAGGAAAGCACA